GUGAAAGAGUUGCUUGGGUUGGGAGCUCUUUAGACUUAGCUGAGCUGCACUUUUAGCCAGUUUUAUGAAAGUUUUUACAUGUUAAGAUAGAGUUUUAGAUAUCAAAAGGACUGGAGGUUACAAGAAACGCUGGAGGACUUUUGAAAACUUGUGGAACUAAUUUCCUGUCUGAGCUGCCAGGAGGUCAUAAAAAGUCUGGAGGACUCAUGGUGGAAUUAGAUCUGUGCUGAGAACAGGAUGUCAACGCUUUCAACAGACAACAGCCCCGAGGAUGCCAACAAUCGCAGCUUCUGGAUGCCUGGGAACUAUCAGCGCACUGUGAAGCGGACAGAGGAUGCCUUCCAGGCCUGUAAUGACAUCGUGGCAUGUUUCCAGGAGAGAGCUCGCGUGGAGCGGCAGUACGCCCAGCAGCUCAGUGAAUGGAGCAACAAGUGGAAGCCAGUAGUGGACUCCAGUCCUCUUUAUGGCUCUCUCAUGAAGGCUUGGCAGUGUUUCCUGUCUUCCGCUGACCGGCUGGCCUCCCUGCAUGCAUCCAUCUGUCGCUCCCUGGUGUCCGAGGACGGAGACAGGGUCAGGACGUGGCAGAAGGACACCUUCCACAAGAAGUUAUUCGGAGGAUUUAAGGAAUCCCAGGACAUUGAAACAGGCUUCAUACGGGCUCAGAAACCAUGGGCAAAGCGUCUUAAGAAGCUGGAUAAAGCCAGGAGGGCGUACCACAAAGUGAGCCGGAAAGAGCAAGCAGCCAGGGAGCGAGAAGCACACGCUCAGGGAAACCCAGACGUGGCCAUCGACAAGCAGAAGAAGAUCCAGGAGGAGAGGGAGCUGGCUCAGCAGGAGGCCGAGAAGGUCCGUGCUCGCUAUGAGAAAGUCCUUGAGGAGGUGAACCGCUAUGCUCCGAGAUACAUGGAGGAGAUGGAGUCUAUCUUCGACCAAUCACAGGACGAGGAGCGCAAAAGGAUCGUCUUCCUCAAACAGGCCUUCCUCUCCAUCCACAAACACCUUGACAUUACCAACAAUGAGAGUGUGAGGGCUGUAUACGACGAGCUCCACAACACUCUGAUGGCCAUUGACGAGCAUGAGGAUCUACGCUGGUGGAAAAACACUCACGGGCCUGGAAUGCCCACCGACUGGCCUCACUUUCAGGAAUGGACGCCUGAGAAGAAAACCAAGAAAGGGAAAGAAACCAAGAAAGUGGUGGAGAAGAAAGGCACAAUAGAGAGGAGCAUGAUGAUUGGAGGAGUGAGAGUUAGAGCUCUGUAUGAUUAUGUUGGCCAGGAGACAGACGAGCUGUCAUUUAAAGCAGGUGAGGAGUUUUUGAAGAUCGAGGAUGAGGACGAUCAAGGCUGGUGCCGGGGGAUGAAGGACGACGGGUGGGAGGGACUUUACCCUGCCAACUAUGUGGAGGUUGUGUAGUUUACACAGUUAGAUUUUGUUACAACACAUGCUUCAUUUCACAGAAGUCAUAACCUGUGUGAGAGAUCGAAAUGUCAGAAACAUCAAACCAAUGCUGUAAAGAACAACAUCAUGUAGCUGUUAGCCAAAGAUCUGAGCUGUGAAGAGAACGUGAUGAAUAAGCUCUUAAAAACAGCACAGGUCGGGGUUUCUCUUGAAGGAUCUGAUAAAUGUUUUAAUAUAUACAGUAUGCAUAAACCACUUGUAUUGAAGCCAUAUAAUAAACAGAGCUUUAAUGUUAAAAAGAUAUAAAGUGCUGGUACGGUACAUUAUAUAACUAGCCAUUGGUGCUGAAACUUUAUUACAGGACUGCUUUUCUUUGAGGUAUUUUUAUUGUUUGUGCACAUCAACAUAUAGCUAAUAAAAUGCUCACAGAGCCUCUUAUUAUAUGAAGAACACGGUGCCAAAACUGUGACUACAAUACAUCAAAAUCAGUCGUGGUUAGCUUUUAUUUUCUUAGAGGUUUAAAGGAACAAUUCAAUCUUAGAAAUGUGCUCAUUGGCAGUAAAAAAACAGUGUUAUAAAUAUGUAUAUGCAGAGUUAUUACUUCAUACUGCAUCAAUUGUUAUUAUGGCAAAGCUUCAUGCUGAAUCACAGACAUUUAAAUUGAAGACGAUUACCCCUGGUUUUGAUUAUGACAGAAGAGGAUCUGUAUCUAAAGGAAAGUCCUAGCCCUAAAGCACGUUUAGAUCAGAGGUGCAUGCUGACAGUGAAGGACAGUGGAAGCUGGUGAAUAUUUGAGCAGAUGAUCAUGAGGGAGAAGAGAGGAGAGGCUGGCAUCUAUGUUUGUUUUCACUGAGUCCAAGUGACUCUGAACUGUGACAAAUGUAGGUGAAGAAUGAUGUCAAAGUUGCCUGACUCGGCUAAAUCUUAGGUCAGGCCCAGAUAAUCCAGGUAGACACUCCCUGAGCCCAGCCUGAGUCGUGUUUGGACCCCACAUUUUUAGUAAAUGGCCAAAGUUUUAAACUUCAAUUCAGCAGCAGCAGCAUUGUUAUUCACUAUAUACUGCACUCAUUCAAUCCCACAAUGCACUGUGAAAAGUAGUGAACAAGUGACGCUCACUAGCCCAGCAAUAUUGCCCAUAAUGCAUUGCAGUUGCUGCUGUCAAACAUGAUGGACAAAUGAGGAGCACAGGAAAAUAUGAAAAUUUUAAAUGCUUUUUAUUUGUUGGUUUUACCAAUUCUGUAAGAAAAUGAUAAGGAUUCAAAACAGAAUAACUUUUCCCCUAUGAGAUCAUCAUAUUUAUGCAAAAGUAAGUUAUGACACACUCAAAUAUACUAUUUUGUCACUAAAGACACAAGACUUUUUUAUCUGUUAGUAUUUUUAUCUUUUGUGAAAAUACGUUACGUUCAGCAUCAGUUUUCAGUGAAAUUCUACCGUUAAUGUCGAUCCUCAGCCUUUGUCAAGGAAAUUAACGAGCCGUUGUUGCUAAACGUUUUAAUUGUGAGACGGCGAGAGUAGUGUCCAAAAUCAUUUUACGUUUUGCAGUUGAGUCCACUAAAAAGUCCACUAUACCCUGCUCACUAUAUAGUGGAUAGGGAGUAGGGAAUGAGUGUGUGUGGUUUCAGACGCAGCCAAUGAGUAUUUUUAGAGAGAAUUAGCCUGUUGACAAACUUCAGUCUGCAAUGUUGUUCACACACCUCACACAGCAAAACCUGGAGUGUUGAAAUCUCAUUGUUAUGUUAUAAUAUUUCAGAGUUAAUUUGAGCUCCCAAAGAGUAAUUUAAACUCAAUUCUGAAGAAAUAGCCUUAAUUGUUGUAGUAAGGGUCUGU